UCUCUGCAAAGCUGAAGAUGGCGACAGACUGAAAAAAAGGGGAGCAAAGGGGGGAAAUCAGGAUGGUAGAGGUGCAAAUACACCCCUUUGCAUCAGAAACGGAAGAAAAAAUCAAAGAGAAACCCGCUUGUCCAAAGAUGACAGUUGUGCUAUUUCAUCUUUGCAAGUGCUCUGCGUUUCCCGAGAGCUGCUGAAGGGGUGAUAAGGAUGCUAAAGAGGAUUUUGCAACAUCCUGAAAUUAUGGGUGUAUAGGGAAGAUUUGGUCGGGCUUUUUUUUCCCUUUGCAAUGGAUCGUCCUGAAAAUUAGACGCAGAGUAGGGGAAAGAGGAUUGCUUUCUUUAUUUCAACACACGAACAAAAAAAGCUUCCCAUCACCAUGCUGCAAAGGAGGUAGGUGACAUUGUUUGGGGGAAAUUGGAGAGGAGAAAACCCAACUGGAGAUCGCUUUUGUCUCCCCCUAAAAUAUGAUCAGGGGUGCUUGGAUGUAUCGAAGGGAAGAUGAUGCCGUGUUAAAAAUCUGUUGUGCACCCAAACAAAACGACAAACCCUGCGCCGACUCCGAGAGGGCACAGAAAUGGCGAAUGUCUUUGGCAUCCCUCUUAUUUUUCACUGUCCUUCUCUCUGAUCACCUCUGGCUGUGUGCUGGAGCCAAGCUGAGGUCCAAGGAUAGGGGGCUCCGUACAACGUGGGGCAAUGCAACUGAUGUGGGUUAUCUACAAUUCGCAUCAAAUCCGCCGUUUUCGUUGUUAAGGGAUCAACUAGUACUAAAUAAAAGGAGGUGUGAUAUUUUUCUAAGCAAUUCGACCAAAUCUGCUGCUCCUAGUCCUCGCUGCACUGAGGAUCAAGACCACCUAGAUCUGGAGUCAGCCUGCACCAAAUUGCAUUUGCAACAGCCAGGCUUUGGGUCCUCAUUAUCAGCAUCAGCAUCGCCAUCACCGUCAUCUACAGAGUUCUUGUUGUCUUAUUUUAGGAAUUUGAGCCUUUCCUUUUGUGAUUCGUAUUCCGUCUCAGACCUGCUGGUGGGUAUGGUUAGCCCAGACGGUUUGGAUUGCAGUCUUCAGAACAUGCUUCGGGAUUUAGGUAGAGGCGGGGGGGACGAUGGAGAUAUCUGCAGCAACUGCAUCCAGGCUUAUGUGAGGCUGGACCAGCACGCUCAGGAAAAAUACGAGGAGUUUGACUUCCUCUUUCUCAAAUAUUUACAAUCAGAGGAUUUUUCAGUGAGAUCAUGUAUAGGCGACUGUAAGGCAGUCUACAAAGCCUGGUUGUGUGCGGAGUAUUUCAAUGCCACCCAGAGCCAGUGCCAGAACAGAAUUCCCUGCAAGCAAUACUGUCUGGAAGUCCAGACCAGUUGUCCAUUUGUGUUACCAGACAAUGAUGACCUUAUCUAUGGUGGAUUAUCAAGUUUCAUCUGUACAGGGCUACUAGAAGACCAUUUAACUAAUGAAGAACCAGAAUGUUGUGAUGUCAGAUGGAGCUCCUGUGGUCCACCAUUAGACGGUGUCUACAACGCAUCUACCAAAUUCAUGGACUCCAGCAUGCAUCACCAUCGGACUUCUCUACCUGUAUCGGCAGCCUCGCGGCUGUGCAACAGCAGACUUAAACUGUGUGUGCUGGUCUUGAUCCUCCUGCACACCGUCGUCACUUUUUCUACAAUACAGAACAAUGGCGGAGUCAGCUUGGAGGCUCUUACCACAAUGGAGGACAGCUCGACAAGAGAGGAGUGAAAUUCAACACCCUCCCCCCCCACCCCAGACAAAAACAAAAUUCAAACGAAAUGGAAAACAGGAAGUGUUUAUUUUCAAAAGGAGGCACGCGGUGUUCCUUAAUUUAAACAAAGGCAUGACAAAAAAAGAGAGAACACGGUCACAUGGAAACAAGAAGAACAGAAAUAGGUAAAUGCCUGUUUCUUCUCUGCACCUUGAUGACUAUUCUUUUCCAACAAGGUAAUAAGCAAUGUCAGGAGAAGGGUUUGAUGCACGUGGCCUUUUAUCAACUUCAUCAUGCUGUGUGGAGAUAACAGGUUGGAGCAGAGAUAGGGGGAUCAUUUUUAUGUAUCAUUUUAUAUAUAUGAUAUCAUUUUAUGAUAAUAAUUACACCUAGAUAUUCUGGCAAUGAAACUGAACCCCUAAGUGGAUAUAAAGUGUAAUGACCGGUCAUAAGAAAUCAGUAAGAGUAGCAAUCCAAUAUAGAAAAUGUUAGCAACACAAUGAAAUAUGGGCUUUUGUACACUCAAGAAUCACAUCCCUUUCCCUUCCAAAUGAAAAAUGUGAGACAGUGAAUGAUAAAACAGCUGCAAUCAUCCCUGGUGAGCAAAAACCACUUUGACAGGCCACCUACAAACCGGUCAUAAAUGGUGGUCUCGUUUUCAAGUACUUGGGUGACAACUACGUUGUGGAAGUGAUUACACUUUCUUUGUUGAAGCGGUGCUCUGCACAGCUAUACUGUGAUUACGACUACAGCGGAAGGGCAUUUUGUGGAUUUAAUCACUUCCAUAAUGUGGGGACUAACUGGGGUGUUUGAUCAGCAUGCAAAAAGCAACCGGCUGUAGGUUUAUUCCUUACGAAACUGUGGAGAGAGAUAAGGUUAGCAAAGCAGCUUCCAGGCCCUUGCUAACAAUACAAUGCUGUGUGGCAGUUACAGUUAAAACAACAUUAGAAAUCCCGUGUAGUAUAUGUAACUGUAUUUUCAAAGAUUGUCAAUGUAAUAAUUGUCACCGUCCAGUAUCAGCUAAGCAUCUACCUAAUAGUGAGAGACCAGGCAGACCAAGGUAGUUGCAUAGUAAAUACAUGUGUACUUACACAGAAUUCCAAUGUACUUAACAUGCAAUUGAUAUUUACCCCAUUUUUCUCCCAACUUGAAAUAGAAAAUGAUUAUUAUUUUGGCUCAGCUCACCGCUACCACCCCCGUGCUGAUUCGGGAGCGGUGAAGACGAACACACGCUGUCCUCCGAAACGUGUGCCGUCAGCCGACUGCUUCUUUUCACACUGCAGACCCACCAUGCAGCCACCUCAGAGCUACAGCGUCGGAGGACAACGCAGCUCUGGGCAGCUUACAGGCAAGCCCGCAGGCGCCCGGCCAGCCUACAGGGGUCGCUGAUACGUGGUGAGCCCUCCCCACCCGGGCGACGCUCUGCCAAUUGUGCACUGCCCCUUGGGAACUCUCGUCCACUGUCGGCAGUGGAAUAGCCUGGACUCGAACCGGCGACCUCCAGGCUAUAGGGUGCGUCCUGCACUCCACGUGGAACGAUUUUACCAGAUGCGCCACUCGGGAGCCCAACAUGUAAAUCUUUUUACACGGUAUAUGCAAGUACACAAUUGUAUCAGAAAAUGGUUAGGAUUAGGGUUAUAUUGUGCAAAAAGAUGUACACAUUAAGUGCAUUGUAACUAUGCAUAAUAACACUGUAAUUAUGUGUAAGUACACAGGUAUAUACGAAGUAACUGCUAUGUAAAUACACAGUAAUUAGAGACACUUAAUUUACAGUGUGACCAAAAAAAAUAAUAACAAGCUUCAAGCUUCAGGCAAUAACAGAAGGAAACCAGUUAACACAUUGAUAAAGCUGUCCUGUGCUCUGGCAAAUAUUCCGUGAUUCGAGUCUUUAUCUAGGUCAUUCUUGUAGAAUUAUCCAUGCAGCCGUGAUGAAGCGGGGUUGGAAGUGACCUGCUAUAUACAGGUUCCAAGUUUUUUUCUUCCAUCACAGGAAGCAAAGCUUUUUUGUUGUAUACUAAAUUAGCCCCCAGGGCCCUGAUGUAAGUCUAUAUGCUACAUUCACUGUGAGGAACUAAGCUGGAUUGGUGCCUUGGCAAAGAUUGUUGUACAGCUUGCAUAGCACAAAAGCAUAUUGCAAAACAAAAUCCUAGAUUUCUUCUUCUUCGUUUUUUUUUUGUUUUGUUUUCUUUGGCCAUGUGUUAUUAAGGCAUGGUGCCACUAUUGUUAAAGGUACUGCAAGCUAAAAUAUUUUAAGAUAAACCUCUCCCACAUGGCUCGACUUUUUACUUAAAUUACUGUUUUAUUUGUCUUUAACCGAAAUUUGUGUUUUGAUUUGGAGGGUUUAAAUUAAAACAAAAACAAACAAACAAACAAAAAAGUAUAAUUGUAUUUUUGUUCUAUUUAGAGUUUUGUUGAUUUAUUUGUGUAUUUUUUUAAUUGAAAAUAUUGCUUGCUUAUCAAUCAAAAAGAGAAAUUCAAGCUAAUUUCACUAAAAAGAACCCCCCUGGGACCUGGAGAAAUGUUCGUUAUAUCAGGGUGUUCACUAUAAUAGGGUUUGGCAUUUUUUUUGUAUCAGAAUAAUGACAAAAACGGCAACUUUGAAUUGAACAUCAAUAUAUAGUACUUUUAUUAAGAUUCUUUUACAUUGACCAAAAUGUAAACGGUAUUGUGACAAGGUACUCAUGUCACAUGUGCGCGCAGGAUUUAUUAAAACAGAAAAUAAACAAACGGGUCAUGUGACGCUACCAACGAUGGUAACGCACAGAGGACAUAAAAAAGACAGGCAGGCAGCAAGUCUCAAUCGAGCGCCCGUCUGUAAACAAUCAUUUUGAUCAAACAGAACAACUCCAAAAAGCACACAAAACAAACCCGUUUCCACUUAUAAAUUACACCAACACUAAUUCCCCCUGUGGUAUGUUGAAGAGAAAACAGUAAAGGAAUGAAAAAGUUAAGAAUGUACACUUACAUGAUGCAGUAAUCACAUGUCCUUUCUCUUGAAAAACCUGUCCAGCGUAUAUUGCUCCUCACGCCCGUUGCUUGGUUGCAGUUUGUGUGAAGAUGACGGCCAGGCAACGAUUGCAUUCGUCAUGCAUGAUUCAUACUACAAUAGAUCACCUCUGAAUUAGCGUUAUCUUUGAAUUAGUCAACCAUGGUCUUUGUUUUCACUGAGACAAUAACACACUUGACACGAGAAAGUUCAGUGUUAGUCAGUACUGAGAUCGUUGUAUCCGGGUCGAUCCUGUACGUGAUCGUUCUAAAUAGGGCUAAUUUGCAUUGAAAAAAUCGGUUCUUGCUGUUGGGAUCGUUAAAAACGGGUGUUCGUUAUAAGAAGGGUUCGUUAUAGUGAAGUUAGCCUGUAUAUAUUUUAUUUUAUAAAUAAAAAAGUAUAUGAUUGCUUAAAACUUUGAGCAAAUUAUUAAAUGCAAGGUUAAUUUUAAGUUUAAGAAAUAUAUAUUAAAACCACAUAAUUUAUAUAAAAAAUACUGUUCUGUUACAUAGCUGUAUAUAACAUCUAUAGAAUUAUAUAUGAAAAGUGAGAUAUGAAGAGAGAUGGUUGAGCAAGCCGCUGCCUUUAUAAUGAUACAUUAUAAAUAUUAUGUUUGUAUUUUAUUUAAUGAAAAGGCUGUUAAAUAUAGUUUUGUUGUCAGCAGAUUUAAAAAUGAAUAUUAUAAGUAUUCCAUAUUUAUAUUUAGUAUGCAUACAUGAAUGUACAUAGUUAUGUGCACGCUAUGGCUUGAGAAAGAUUUCUCUAACUCACUAACGAAAUGAAAUCCACAGAUAUAACUAAUACUUAAACUAAUUCCUAGUGCAGGAAAAGAGAAACACUUCUCAAGAUAUCUCCGUUUUAAGGGAACAAAACUUGUUUGAAUCAGAGCUACUGAGUUGUUUCAGUACAGCAACAAUCACACAUUUCUCUUGUACUAAAACUGUUCAGUUUCAUAUAAGAAAAUAAACAAACAUCAAAAAAGAGGGCAACGUUUGCUUCCAGUUUACAUUGCGGUACAAUACAGUACUAUUGCAGAAACUGUGUGAUUGUCAUCUGUCUGCUAUCAUAAUCUUUGGAGUGAUUUGUUUCAAAAAGACUAAAGAAAAAUCCCUCUGUCUAGUUUCCCCCCUUGUCAGUUGCUCCAUGUGUUCAGGAUUCUUGUACCUGCCAGUCUAUAGACCCUGAAGUCUGGUUACUUACUGUUUUUGCAUUUUUAAUAUGUAGGUAAACCCCACUUGAAAUCUACUGCUUGGAACCCAUUUACAUUGUGGAUAGGGUUAGGGUUAGGGUUCGGGAUAGAGUAAGGGUUAGGGCUAGGAUUAAUGACACAUUUACAUUGUGGAUAGGGUUAGGGUUGGGGAUAGAGUAAGGGUUAGGGCUAGGAUUAAUGACACAUUUACAUUGUGGAUAGGGUUAGGGUUAGGGUUGGUUAUAGAGUAAGGGUUAGGGCUAGGAUUAAUGGCACAUUUACAUUGUGGAUAGGGUUACAGUUAGGGUUGGGGUUAGAGUAAGGGUUAGGGCUAGGAUUAAUGGCACAUUUACAUUGUGGAUAGGGUUAGGGUUAUGGUUGGGGAUAGAGUAAGGGUUAGGGCUAGGAUUAAUGACACAUUUACAUUGUGGAUAGGGUUAGAGAGACCCCAUCUCUCUCUCUCUGUCAUCCUCAUCUCCCACAAAAGAUUACACAGAUGAAAAAUACAGACCUAGCUAACUCAGAUAGCAAUCCUCUUUGCAGUAUGGUAUUAUUGUGACUCCCCCACUCACUGAGUGGCUGUUCACAGUCCAAGGUUAUUUCAUCUUUGGGUUCAGGACGCUGUGACAGACCUUGUCUUUUAUAUGACAGUAAUGUGAUAUGUCUUUGAUUACCUAUAAGGUCAGGCACCGGAUCUCAGCCACAAACAAUAAAAAGGUGCAUUAAAGGUACUUGGAACAAGCAUGAUCUGUGGGGCUGUGAAGGUUAUUAGCAUGAAGAGUCAAUCUGACUUUGUGAUAACACCGAUACAGCCAAUGCCAGCUUGAACGCUUUGGCGUUAGUUUGCCAGGGUAAACCGGGUACACAGCACAGCAAAGGUUGAUUUCUGUUAUUACGUUAUUGGCUUAAUACACACAGCUUGUAAUAGCAAUACACACUGUAAACAAUGAAGUUUCCACUUAGAAAUAUCUUGGGAUCUGUUAAGCACAUGUGAUGUCAGUUCAAAAUGCUUAAAUACCACAGUCGCUGUGUGUGAAGUCACUUGCUGCUUCUCUGUGUGUGGAAUGCUGUUGAGUCCUGGCACUGCACAGUGUCUUGUGUGCUGGACAAGGACUCCUCGGAUCACAUGGCGCGUUCCUCAAACUAACAGCAAGGAGCCAGGCGAUUGUAACCCGUGCCUGGGCCAAGCUGCUCAGCCAGCUUUCAAGUACAAAGGGUUUUGCUCUUAGUUCUCAAUCUUUCUUAACUCAUUUCAUAAUCAGGAAAAUUAGAGAAAAGCCUGGUUGUGAGUUUAGUUCAAGGGCUCAUUAAAACAACAUCUGCCAUUUAUACAGUAGAAGGUACUUUGGUAUUGGGAGAGACAAUUAACAUGUGGGUGCCACAUUAUUAUUAUUAUUAUUAUUAUUAUUAUUAUUAUUAUUAUUAUUAUUAUUAUUAUUUUAGCAGAACUCGUGUGCAAAACAGAACCUACUGGUCAGCCAAUGUAGUCCUCUUUUUUGGCUCAACAAUAGUCAUAUAAUAAUAAUAAUAAUAAUAAUAAUAAUAAUAAUAAUAAUGUAACCACAUGAGAAGGUACUUAAAGUAAAGUGUUACCAUCAUAAUAACAGUAAUGUAUUAACAAAAAGCCAGAGUCUCCGUCUAUAUUCUUUCACCACAUGGAUGAUUUUACAGGUUUGAAAAGUUUUUAAAAGAAUUUUUCAAACACACGAGUACACAAGCACCUUGCUGAGGCCACGUGUGCUCAAACCCUUCUCACACGUGUGAUACGGGCGCCACUCCCGACCACAGGCAUGAUGGGACCAUCUUAAUAAGAGGCAAACCAAGCUUAAGGGGAAACCGUUGUGGAUACCCCCGCUGAGAAAAAGACUGUUUUCUUUAAGGGGGUUACUUCUUAUGUCAUUUUAUACACUGUGCUUUAAUGUUUAGAACUUUUUUGCACUAGUUCUAAAAACUUUUUUUUUUUUUUUUGGAGAUGGUUUAAAAAACUGUGCUAUAUAAUUCAGUUGUAUAACAAAUAUUAUAUCAUAUCUGUGUUUCUAGUCUUUACCUGUAUCUGUAAUGUUUUCUGUUUCUCUUGUAUUUUGGGCAGACAGCCGCUGCUCAAUGUUUAACCCUAAUAAAGAAACACAAGCAUUCAUUAUA